UUCACAAGAGGUGUUCUGUUGAUGGCUGUAUGGACGUCCACAAAUCCCUCCAUCGUGUCCCAGAGGACGAAAGAGCGACGUGGAUUGAUUUCAUUUUUGAAGGCGAAGUCCCGGCUACAGUUGGCAAAAACCUGUUGGUCUGCGCUAACCAAUUUACGACUGACUGUUUCUCCAACUUCGGUCAGUACACGGAAGGAUUAGCUGUGAAACUUAAUCUGAACGAGGGGUCCCUUCCAACUUUGCGUGGAAUACCUGCAGACAAAGGACAUGCCUCAGAGCAUCAUGCAUCAUCGAAGUUACCUGCUACAAUAGAUAUUGGCUGCAAUACUGAGCCACCUCAGAGACACCAUGUUGGCACACAACUCUCUUUGAAGACUCUUCAUUCACAUUACAGAAGUGAAGCUGUCCAGGCUACUGUGUCCUUCAAGGACUUUGGCACAUCCACCGAUCCCUUCACAGGCCCACGCCCUGUAGCAUGCUCGACACCUGUAAAGCUGCCACCAUCUAAGAGACCUCGGCUGCAGCAGCAGGAGGAGGAGGAGGAGGAUUGUCUCGAGGGCAGCGCAAUACUGGCUUCUGAAGGGCUGGACGCAACCUUUCACCCUGAAGAAUCGGUCACAACUUUGCCUGAGUCAACAUUCAUGUCAGAUGCUGAAUCCACAUCCAAACACGAUAUAAGGAAGUACAUAGUGUACGAGACCUGUCUCAUGGAGCUGUUCGAGGUGUGUCCUGUGUGCAAGCAUUUUUGCACUGUAAAAAACAAAGUGCUUGGGACAUUCAUAUCAGUGAAACAGCUGUGUGAGUAUUGCGAGUAUUCCCGAAUUUGGCAAAGCCAGCCUCUUCUGUAUAGCACACCAGCUGGGAACUUGCAGCUUUCUGCAGCAGUGUACAUCAGUGGAGCCUCUUUCUUCAAACUUCAAAGGGUGUUCAAGGCAAUGCAUCUGCAGAUUUUUCUGUAUGAUACCUUUCGUCGGCAGGCCAGAAUGUUUAUAGAGCCAGCUAUUGUCCAUAAAUGGAACCAUUCCCAGGAUGUGAUGCUGCAGCAGCUCAGCGAAGAAAGGCACUGUGCAAAAUUUGGGAGCUACACCAUGAUGGACCUCAACACCAAAACUAUUGUCGAUCUCCAGUUGGUUCAGAGCAAUGAGGUUGGAGGAAGCUCCCAUAUGGAGAAGGAAGGCCUGAAGAGGAGCCUGGCAUUGUUGGAUGCACGUGGUGUAACCAUCGAUAGCAUCGUCACUGACCGUCAUCCACAAAUCCAGAAAUUUCUGAGGGACAACAACAUCACUCAAUUUUAUGACGUCUGGCACAUGGAGAAAGGAAUUACAAAGCAACUACAUAAAAUUAGCAAAACCAAGGACUGCCAGAAAGUAAAGACGUGGAUACGAGCCAUCAGAAACCACAUCUAUUGGACGGCGGCAUCGUCAAUAACCGGGCCGGAGAGAGUGGCAAAAUGGACCUCCCUCCUGAACCAUGUUCAGGAUAUUCAUACUCAUGAUGACCCCCUCUUCCCAAAAUGUCUACAUCCAAUUCGCAGCACAACGGACAAGAGUAGAUGGCUCUCAGGAGCAACUCCUGCAUUCUACAAGCUUGAGAAGGCGCUGACCAAGAAGACAGUCCUGAGGGAUAUAGCAAAGCUCAGUCCCCACCACCAGACGUCCUCUUUGGAGGCGAUCCUGCGGUUCCCUCCUAAAAAUGUGGUCUAUCCAUUUCUAGGAAUGCUGUGCAGACUCUACCUGGCUGCACUGAAUAACAAUGAGAAUUCUGAUAGAGGACAAGCCACUACGUCAUCAGGGGAUCUAAUGUUCAGACUGACCUUUGCUAAGGCCAGGAAGGGAGAGUGCAGAGCCAAACCAGUGAAGACUGAGGCGACAUUCCAGUAUGUGAAUGAUUUGAUGGACAUGAUCAUGGAGAAGGCCUUUGUCGACCCAGCAUCCUACAGAGCAGAGAUUCUGAAGAUAAACAUCCCACCGGAACCGUCUUCAGAAUAUGAGCAUCCAGACAAGGAGGAUGUCAUCGCCAGCUACGUCUCCAGAUUUAAUCAAGGGAGGGUGGUUUGAAGCCUCCGUAUCUUCCAUGGGCGUCCGGAAAUUCCCGGUGUACAAUUUCUGUAGGCUUAAUACCUGUAACGACUGAGAAAAUGUAACAUUGUUAGUCAACAGGUUCUACAAUGUCAACAUCUGUUCACAUUUUCUCAUUGAAUUCAGUGAAUUCUUCACUUAUACUGUAUUUAGAUGCACAAAUAUUCAUGACUGCGUUCAAUAAAUGUUUAUUGUAUCUGUACAAUGUUUUAUGUGAAUUAAUGCGUAAUAUGCAGUAUCUGCUUAUGAAAAAAUUGGCUAUAUGUUAAAAUAUGAUGUGAAAUUGUGGCUUUGGCUGACUUUAUUUAGUUUAUUGUGUAUGAACAGUAGGGAUGGGAAUUUAUAAGAAUUUCACGAUUCCGCUUAUCGAUCCGAUUCCUUAUCGAUUCUCUUAUCGAUUCUCAUUGGGUGAGAAAAUAAGUGCGUCUAGUAUUAGGAAAUUACAUUUUUAAAUCAAUUGGUCUAGACAAAAAAAUACAUGUUUGGCUUUUUAAGCCCAAAUGCCAUCAUUAUGUGCCAUAUAACUAAAAACACAGACUGAAAACAGUCGAGUAAGAGCUUGUGCCUUUUGGAAUGCGGACAGUGCUCAUUUGCAUUCAACUUGUAACAAAAUUCAACUGACGUAAACAAAAUGAAGUAUU